AGUGAACCAGAAAGGCUAGUGCGGGGCAUUGUCGUGGUGGUCGCUGCGGGGCAAACCUGGACUAGAGCACCUGAGGUAAGGCAAGGCAAAAGUUCGCAAGAAUAAUAGCACUACUACUACACACUUCGUGGCUCACGAUAGUAGCCGUCGACUUGUCGAAAAAAAUCCUAGAGCCCCCGAUGACCUGUCCGCCACUCCCUGCCAGGGCUGUGAAUCGAUAUGUCUGAACGUGCCCCCAGCGGCAAUGCUGCCGAGGGCGCCAUCGAUUUGACUCGGUCUGCCCAGGCUCUGGCCUCGUCCUCUCCUGCUGUGCGCAUCGCUGAGCUGCAGCUUCUGGGCGAGGCAGUGGCUCGGAAACCAUCCGACGACGAACUCUCCUCCCACGUUCUGCAGCUCCUCUUCAACACCCACGCCUCCUACCAGGAUCGCGAAUCUAGGCUGGCCGCCCAGAAAUGCCUAGUAUCAAUCGUCACGAGGGAUGCUCCCUCAUCGACGCUGCAGCUAUUGGUCCAAACGCUACAACAGGAGGCUUCGAAGCAGGGAAUUGCCACAUCCAGCGCCUUUGUCUUGGUCGAGUGGUGCAGCGUUUUGCUGCAGCAUCUGUCCGAGCCUACGUGGGCAGUGUUUGGUAAUGAUAUCCUGCUGGCAUACGCAGAUGCACUGGAAAAGUGUGUACGGCCGUCCUCGAGGCCCACGCUGGCCCACUCGGCCAUCAUAGUUACUCGAAGGGGGUUUCGAAAACUAUUCAGUUCCCCAACCUCAGGACCCCAGAAUGUAACUGAUGCCGUGAAGAACUUGACGUCGGCACGCAGCAAGCCUACUGCCAGGUACUCCGUUAUCUUGGGGGUUAUCGCUGGAGUUGCUGCUCGUCGGCCUGCGGUGCGACCUACGCUGGAAUCCCUAAAGUCCCAGUACUACGACUUCUACAAUCGCGAGAUUCUGGGCUCUCGGACUGCACUACCGAGUCACAUCGCAGCCGGACUGGGCGAUUUUUUCUCUAGCUUUGCGGUUCUUGAUGAGUUCCAGACUCAAGUUGUUCCAACUCUAGAAAAGAGCUUGCUUCGUACUCCUGAAGUAAUCCUGGACGGUGUUCUCCAAAGCUUAGUGAAAGAUUUGCCAGCCGAAUUCGACCUCUCAAGCUUGCUGACUGGCAAGCUGCUGAAACUUUUACUUUCAAACGUCAAGUCCACCAAUGUCUUGAUACGAAACGGCGUUCUCGCUUCUUUCUGUGCCAUUAUUGCACGAUGCCACGAGCCGGACGCAAUCGACAACACCAUCGAGGAAAUCGGGGGUCCCCUGAAGGCGGGUAAGCUGGCGUCCGCUGAGCAACGCGUUCUCCAUGCAGAAAUGCUGCAAGCAAUCCCCCUUACUUGCCCAAACGCCCAAAAGGUGUCCACUUUCUUGGCAACUGUUGCUGGCAAGGAAGGAAACGAAGUAGCGUUGGCCGCCGAGACGUUGACGCUUUGCCGAGCGAUCAAUGUCUUGUUGCAGGGCAACAGCGAAGUCUCGCAGCCUGUCCUCAGCGUGCUGCUUAAAGGAUUGGCGGACAAGAAGGCGGCGACUCGCAAAACCUGGCUGCUUCGUGUAGGGUCCAUCUUCCGCGUCAUUGAUGGCUUGGACCCGAACGCUGCCUUGUCUUCGUUUACAGAAGCAGUUACUCCAAAAUUCAUCGACAACUUCAAUGAAGUCAUUGCCAACCCCAUACUGACUGCCCAGAGCGGCAUCAUAGUUGGGGCUUACAUCCUUACUGCUCUGUUCCCUCUAAUGCAGCAAUGGCUCGCUGACUCAAAGGUUGGAUCCGAUCUAUUGAAGCUGUCGCCGCCAACUCUUGCGUUAGCCUCGCCACAAUCCUUCCUCCUGAACUCCAAAAUCUUCAACAAGAUUGCAAGCGAGGGGGACUGCCAUUGGUUCCGUCUUGCCCUGUCCUCUGUUGCCACCAAGUUGGCGAGCAGCACCCCUAAGGAGGUAGUUCUGGCAUGGGCUGAGGCUAUCAUACAUCUCAUCACGGCCUCCACCGUACCCUCAAAUGUGCGACAAGAGAGCGCCAAAUCCCUCUCCGCCCUCUAUGCUCAGAACCCUAGCAUGAUAGCCGAUGUCAUCAUCAAUGGUCUGUGGUCUCACCUGAAGCAGACUAUUCAAGUUGGGGACAAAGAUUUGGCUAUCGAGACGCGCGAUCUGACCAGGGCUCUGAAAGCGAUAUGUAUCAGUUCCAAGGAACUGGAAGCGCUUGGGGGCAACGCCUCAGAAGAGACAUUGGAGCACCAAGCUUGUUCUUUACUCAUUAUCUGCCGAGGAGAGCUGAUACCACGAGCCAGUUGGAUAGACUCCUGUCUUCGAAUGGGCGUCGAUCCCGGAAGGCUUGCCACGAAAUAUGCUGACACACUGCUCAAUGAGAUCAACGAACGGACAUCAGUGCAUCAAAAGGUUGAUGUCAUCCGGACUGCUGCAUAUCGUGCUGCGGCAGAGCUGGCUUUCGUUGCUCCGGAAGCCAUUAUCCCCCGACUUACAGACCUCAUAAAGCAAGAUCUUGACCCGCAGCCCGUGAGCGCAAUCGGACCAGUCGAGGCCGCCAUCUUCAGAACCCAAGAGGGCACCUGCUUCGUGGAUGUGCUGAGCAAAAAGGGCCAGAACGAGACCAUAAACAAGAAUGUCAAAGAUUAUGAUAUCGUCAAAUGGGAGAAGGAGCUGAGAGACCAGCUCGAAAAGAAGAAAGGCCCGCAACGGAAACUCACUGCCGAAGAGACGUCCAAAGUGAAUGCUCAGUUGAAGAAAGAGGCACAAAUCCGAGCGUCAGUCCAAGCGAUCGAGGCCAAGCUUCUCCGUGGCGUCGGAAUUAUAGACUCCUUGGCCACGGGACCGCCGACUGAUGCGGCACUCUGGCUCGGUUCUGCCAUCACUUCACUCCUUGCCGUUAUGGAAGCUGGUGCGAGCCUCAUCAUAGGUGACGCAGCGUCCAAGGUCUACAUCACCUGCGCCGACAAAGUGAGCUCCAGGCUGGGCCCGGUUCGACCUUCAAUUGGUAUUGCCACGCUCAGGCUUCGAAAUCUCUCUCCGCCAGGGACCUAUGGAGAUGAAGAACUCUCUGAUCUGACAACAAGGGUGCUAUAUCGGCUCCGAUUCGCUGGCGAGCAGCGGCCGUUUGACGCUGUGUCACUGAUAUACAUCUUCCCGCUCCUCUUCCACAUCCUGAGGGAAGGAGGCGUUGGUGCAACUCAGGAUGAUCGCGACACCCAAAUCGUCUUGGCCGUGGAAUUCAUCUCGUUCCACAGUAUUACUUUUACUGAGGAAUCAAUACCGCGUGCGGAGCUCCUCACGGUCCUGAUCCAUUCGAUGCAAAGCCAUGCCCAACACUACAAACUCAUCAAGGACUGCUUCUCCGACAUCUGCCGCUGUAUCGCCCCAAACAUCAGUACCGAGGAGAUGACGGUCCUUGCUCGCGGGGCUAUAGUACCGCAGGCCAAUGUCAGAACUGCCGUGUUGCAAUCUAUCAGUGCAGACGUUGACAUGAGUGAACUGGGUUCGAGCAGCGAGAUUUGGCUGGCGUGUCAUGACGACGAAGAAGAAAACCAAGAGCUGGGUACCGAGAUAUGGGAAGAGAGCGGGUUUAAGAUUACUGCCGAGCUUCCUAUGCUCAUGGUGCCGUUCCUGAAAAGCAAAGACGGUCAACUCCGCCGAGCUGCGGCUCGUGCUCUUGCAAAGGCGGCGCAAGUCCACAAGGAUACCCUCCAGACCGUAAUACCAGCGCUCGAGUCUAUCUACUUGGAGAUGGCGAAACCAAAGGUCCAGCUUCUCGACGAAUUCGGGAUGCCAAAGAAGAUGGACUUGUCGGACCCAUGGGAAGCAAGGCACGGCAUUGCCACCGCCUUCAAGGAACUGGCCAAUGUCUUGAACUCUUCCGAAGCUGGCCACCUGCUCGAUUUCCUGAUCCAGUCUGGACCUCUGGCAGACAAGAAUGCUUCUGUUCGAACAGAAACGCUCGAUGCUGCCAUUCGGGUGAUAGAAUUCCAAGGAGGUAGCAUCAUAGACGAGCUGAUGAAGAAGUUCGAAACGACCUUGGAGCAGGCCGACAAGAACAGCGACGAAGCCGAUCGUGUCAACGAGGCGGUGGUUAUCAUGUAUGGCGCUUUGGCUCGCCAUCUCCAGCCGGGCGACGAAAAGAUCCCUGUUGUGAUCGAGCGACUCUUGGCAACCUUGAAUACGCCAUCCGAAAUGGUGCAGUACGCGAUCGCCGAAUGCCUGCCUCCGCUCAUAAGGGCAUACCCGUCAAAGCUGCCCGAAUAUAUACAGCAAACGAUGAACGAGCUUUUGAACUCCAAGAAGUAUGCGACACAAAGAGGAGCUGCGUACGGUCUGGCAGGGUUGAUUCUUGGUAGAGGCAUCUCCACUAUCAAAGAGUUCCGAAUCAUGUCAGAUCUCCGGGGAGCUUUGGAAAAUAAGAAAGACUCCCACCAAAGAGAGGCUGCUCUUGUGGCGUUUGAGGUUCUGUCUACUAUGCUGGGUCGUCUUUUCGAACCAUAUGUCAUUCAGAUUGUGCCACUACUUCUCACCGGAUUCGGAGAUGCCAACGCGGAUGUCAGAGAUGCUUGCUUGGCGGCCGCGAAGGCUUGCUUCGGUAAGCUGAGCUCUUAUGGUGUCAAGAAGAUCAUGCCAACGCUCUUGGACGGGCUUGAGGACCAGCAGUGGCGUAGCAAGCGAGGCGCUUGCGAUCUGCUUGGUGCAAUGGCAUACCUCGAUCCGAACCAGCUCGCUACCAGCCUUCCCGACAUCAUUCCUCCUUUGACUGCCGUGCUGAAUGACAGCCACAAGGAAGUUAGGGCUGCCGCCAACAGAAGCUUGAAGAGAUUUGGCGAUGUCAUUAACAAUCCUGAAGUGAAGAGCUUGGUCGACGUGAUUUUGAAGGCUCUCAGUGACCCGACGAAGUACACUGAUGAGGCGUUGGAUGCCUUGAUCAAGGUCCAGUUCGUGCAUUACCUUGAUGCACCCUCCCUGGCUUUGAUCACCCGCAUUCUGCAGCGCGGCCUGGGCGACCGCUCCAACACGAAACGCAAGGCGGCACAAGUGAUUGGUAGUCUGGCUCAUUUGACGGAGAAGAAGGACAUUGUCAUGCACCUCCCGGUCCUCGUUUCCGGGCUGAAACUUGCAGCCGUUGACCCGGUACCAACGACCCGUGCGACAGCAUCCAGGGCUCUCGGCUCUCUGGUCGAGAAGCUGGGUGAGGACGCACUACCGAACUUGAUUCCCGAGUUGAUGCAGACUCUGAAGUCCGAUACUGGCGCCGGCGACCGCCUUGGAUCCGCGCAAGCUUUGAGCGAGGUCCUGGCCGGCCUGGGCACGAGCAGACUCGAGGAGACUCUACCAACUAUUCUUCAGAAUGUCGAGUCAUCCAAACCAGCAGUCCGCGAAGGCUUCAUGUCGCUAUUCAUUUUCCUCCCCGUCUGUUUCGGUAAUAGUUUCUCGGCAUACCUGGGCCGGAUCGUUCCCCCUAUUCUGGCGGGUCUGGCGGAUGACGUGGAAUCUAUUCGCGAAACAGCUCUUCGUGCUGGACGAUUACUUGUCAAGAAUUUCGCAAUUCGUGCUGUAGACCUUCUUCUGCCUGAACUGGAGCGAGGACUGGCAGACGACAGCUACAGGAUUCGUCUCAGCUCCGUCGAGCUUGUUGGUGAUCUUCUCUUCAACCUCACGGGUGUGAAAGCUGGCGCGGAACCAGGGGACGAGGAGGAUGAAAAUGUCAAAGAAGCAAGUGCUUCCUUGAAGGAAGUGCUUGGAGAGGAGAAGCGAAACAAGAUCCUGUCAACUCUUUACAUCUGUCGAUGCGACACUGCUGGAGCGGUCCGGUCUGCUGCCAUUUCAGUGUGGAAAGCUCUUGUGCACAGUCCUAGGACAUUGAAGGAACUGGUGCCAACUCUCACCAAACUCCUAAUUCAGCGACUCGGGAGCUCUAACAUGGAACACAAAGUCAUUGCCAGUAAUGCGCUCGGCGAGCUGAUCAGGAAAGCUGGCGAUGGUGUCCUCGCCACUCUGCUGCCCACUCUGGAGAAUGGCCUGCAAACGUCCACGGAUACGGAUGCGAAGCAAGGUAUCUGUCUUGCUCUACGCGAGCUCAUCUCCUCGGCGUCCCCAGAAUCACUCGAGGAACAUGACAAGACACUCAUUUCGGUCGUCCGCACCGCUCUCAUUGACUCAGAUGCUGAGGUUAGGGAGGCUGCCGCCGAAGCAUUUGACUCCCUUCAACAAAUCUUUGGCAAGCGGGCAGUUGACCAAGUCCUUCCUUUCCUGCUCAACCUCCUGCGAUCCGAGAAUGAAGCAGAGAAUGCCCUGUCGGCUCUUUUGACGCUAUUGACUGAGGCCACCCGGUCCAAUAUCAUUCUACCUAAUCUCAUUCCGACAUUGACAACUCCACCGAUCUCGGCAUUUGAUGCAAAGGCCUUGGCUUCGUUGUCUAAGGUUGCCGGCGCAGCUAUGAACCGUCGCCUCCCUAACAUUAUCCAAUCGUUGAUGGAGAAUGAGAUCAACUGUAGCGACGAGGGUCUGCGGGAGGAGCUGGCAACAUCGUUCGACACUGUGAUUCAGUCAAUCGACGAGUAUGACGGCCUCAAUACCGUGAUGAAUGUUCUUCUCGGCCUGCUCAAGCAUGACGAUCAUCGGCGGAGAGCUGCUACGGCUGUGCACUUGAAAAAUUUCUUCGCCGUGGCGAGUGUUGACUACUCGCGAUAUAACCAGGAUAUCAUUCGAUCGCUGUUGAACUCAUUCGAUGACGGAGACUUGGAUGUAGUCAAAGCUGCCUGGGCCGCCCUUGCAGAAUUCACCAAAAGGCUCAAGAAGGAAGAAAUGGAAUCACUUGUUGUAUCGACUCGGCAGACACUCCAGCGCGUUGGUGUUGCGGGUGCCAACUUGCGCGGCUUCGAGCUUCCCAAGGGCAUCAGUGCCAUCCUGCCAAUCUUUCUGCAGGGCCUCAUCAACGGAACCGUUGAGCAAAGGGUACAAGCGGCGCUUGGUAUUUCGGACAUCGUGGACCGGACUAGCGAGGCGUCACUGAAGCCAUUUGUUACCCAAAUCACGGGACCGCUCAUCCGUGUCGUGUCAGAACGUGCUACGGAGGUCAAAUCGGCCAUCUUACUCACAUUGAAUAACUUGCUAGAGAAGAUGCCAACAGCGCUGAAGCCUUUCUUGCCUCAGCUCCAACGUACUUUUGCCAAGUCGUUGGCCGAUCCUUCGAGUGAGGUUUUGAGGACCAGAGCGGCAAAGGCUCUGGGAACUCUGAUCAACUACACGCCCCGCAUUGACCCCUUGAUCACCGAGCUCGUCACGGGCGCAAAGACCACUGAUCCGGGCGUGAGGACGGCAAUGUUCAAGGCCUUGUAUGAGGUUGUCAGCAGAGCUGGCGCAAACAUGGGAGAAUCCUCCAGAUCCGCUGUGCUGUCUCUGAUUGACGCGGAUACUGAUGAGCGAGACGAGGCCAUGGUGGUCACUAAUGCAAAGCUUCUCGGCGCCUUGAUUAAGAACGUUGCCGAUGACGUUGCUAUGAGCUUGCUCAGAAACAGAGUCAUAACACCUCAGUUCAGCCAAUCAUCCGCAUUGGCUUUGAACUCGGUCUUGGUUGAAUCACCAAGCAUCUUGCAGUCAAGCGCUAUAAUGGAUGAAUUGCCAGGCUUGCUCUGCGGGGGGAUGAAGGAUAAGAGGACAUACAUUGCGGACAAUUUCAUCCUUGCUACGGGCAAGCUGCUGCUUUCGUCGCCGCCGAAAUCAUUCGAUGACAUCAAGCAGAUAUUCGACACGCUGGCGGCCGUCAUUCAGCCUGGAAAUGCUACAGACUCGCGACGUCUCGCCCUGGUGAUCAUCCGGACAUUGAGCAGGAAAAACGCCGAUUUGGUACGACCUCACGUAUCCCUUCUAGCACCACCGAUUUUCGCGAGCGUUAGGGAUCCGGUGAUACCCGUCAAACUCUCUGCUGAGGCGGCCUUCAUUGAGCUGUUUAGCGUUGCGGACGAGGAGAGCCGGAUAUUCGAUAAGUAUAUGGCAGGCCCAGGCAACGACCUGCCUCCGAACGUGAAGAGGAGUAUGAGCGACUACUUCAAGCGAGUUGCUAUGAGACUUGGCGUUCAAGCCAGGGAGAGGAGAGAGGCAGAGGGAGGACAAGGAAGCCUGGGUCUCUCCAACGAUGAGCUGGAGGAUGAGCGAGAGAUAUGGAGCGUGGGAAAGGUAGAAAUUGACGGAGGCGAGGCUGCUGUAUGAGCGGAAGCAUGUGGAUAGGCAUUGCGGUAUUUGGGGUCAAAAAAAGCAAAGGAUCUU